CGAUUCUGAAGCUGUCAAAGGAGAUGCCAGAGGGAAAGUUUGUUGGAUUUGGAGUGGUGAUUGCUUCCAAGAAACUUCCCGAGUAUAGAAUAAAAAACGAUUUGUACACAGAAGUGGAUUUGCAUGGUCCUAACUCUUAUCUUCUUGAAGAGGACGGACAGAAUUACCCAGUGGUACCUUUUCAAAUAUCCAUUCAUCGACUGAGUCCUCAUCCAUUGUGGAUCAAUGUUUACCUUGAUGGACAACUUCUGACGACACGCCCCAUGAUCGGGCGAAAGUUGACAUGUGAUGCAGUGAAAGUGGGAAAUGAGCUUCAUGAGCUUCUCUUCUCACUGCCUAUGAUGAAAGAAAACCAGGAUAGUGCAAACAGCUUAGGUCAGUAUGCUGGAACCAUAUCUGUGGUGUGUACGACUGCCAUAGAGAAAGGACUGAAAAGGAUGCCAGUGUUCAAGACAAAUAAAGCAACACAAGAUUGGGGUACAGGGCAGCGGUUACAGCACCUGACAAAGAAGGAUGUUGGUCACUAUAAAAAAGGCAAUCUUGUUUCCAGAGAGGGUCGUGUGACAUUUUGCUUGAGUCAUACAAAUCAUUACCGCUGUUCAACACACUAUGUACCAUCAGAUGAAGUUCUUGAGGAACUUGUCCUGAAUUAUCGGCCCUAUAUUUGCAGCAGCAUCCCUGCUCCAUCUGUCACCUUUGACUGCCAUUCGGUUUCACUUGAGGGUGUGAAGGGUGAAAAAUCUGACAUUGGUCCAGUAGUAGAAGACAGCCAGGAUGUAGAAAAGAGCCUGAAAGUGCCAGAAAUGCAUGGGCACCUAAUUACACCAGAAAACAUAAAACGUAGAGAAAGUUCAGCACCCAUGCUGCAGCAAAUAAAGUCUGAGGUUGGGCUGAUUCCUUCAGACAACAUAAAGCGGCGAGCCAGCGAGACUUUCCAACUGAUAAGGGCCAAAGAGGAGAACCAAGAUGACAGUAUCAUCAUCAUUGGUGACAGUGAUGAAGAAGAUAAUUUGUAUGAUGAAUGUGAGGGUGAUAGUGUGGUUUAUAUGGGUGAUGAUGAGUGCUGUAUUUUGGAACUGUCCAAUAAUUUCUCCAUCGUGGAACUAGAGGAAUCUAUGCUUGAUGACACAAAUAGCUGAAAAAGAGCCUCUUUUUUGUUGGAUGUGUAUUGUCAGUUUAUCUUAGUAAGGGAAGGCUAAAUUGAAUCACAACAAAACUUAUAAAUGGAUAUUGUAUUCAGAAUUUUUUAUUUCUUAACCCUCUUUUUUUUUUUUUUUUUCUUGUGUAUAUUAUUAAAAAAUGCAUGUGCAUACCUAAAAAAUUUUCAAAAUUGUUUUCAUUUUAUUAUUCAAAGAUAUUAUUUGAGAUUAUAAAAACCAUUUGCUUUCUGACAGAAAUUUAAUUGGUAGGUGACAGUAUUUUGUACUUUAAUAGUGAAAGUGGUAAGAUGGUGAGAUUAUUUGAGUCAAACUCCAAAUGUUAUCAAAUGAGUUGAAAUGAUUUCAUCAGAAUCAUGUUGUAGCAUAAGGUAAUUAUGUUCAUUUUUUUUUUAAUGUUUAUUUUUCAGGCAGGUUGGAAAUAUUUUUACCAAUCUAGUUAUCACAGACUUAAGAUAGCAUAUUGUUUUUUUAAAGUGCGUUUCAAAGGAAACAAAAAUGUAUUUUGUAAUCCCUGGGUUGCAUUCAGUGGGUGCUCAAUGAAGGUUACUUUCUACUGGUUGACAGAAAUUGCCAAUAUGAAAAUAAACUCCUUCAACUUUUUGUGUC